AUGUGCAAAUCUGCGUUCUCCGUCGAGGUGUUUACCGAUAAAGGCGACGGCGAGUCAUCCGCCGGAUCCCGAGUACAAGUCAACGGCGUCGCUCUACUGGGCUUCGUUCUCCGGCUCCCAUCACUCAGCCCCGUCGAUGUCGCCGGAAAUUGCCAACCAUCGCUGCUGUUGGUCUCGGGUCCGAGCAGCCACCAAUCGAAAAGUGGUGAUGGGCUUUGUUACACAUCAUGCUAA